CGAGGAUUAAAGAAUUUCGAAAAGGUUUAAAUUUCAAUUGCUUUAGCUGAUUUUUUUUUCCCAUAAAAUUAUUAUAAACUUUACACAUAUACAUAUAAACCAUGUCUACAUUCUUUGAUGAACAAAAGAAGUCAUUCGCUGACGUUGCAGUUACUGAUGGAAAGGUCAACACUGCUGAAUUUUUAGAAGCGGCUGAGUCCUUGGUCAAGUUGUUUGACCUUUUGGGAUCUUCUGCCUUUGCCGUUGUGCAAAAGGAUAUGACCGGGAACAUUUCCAAGAUCCGUGCCAAGUUAUUGGCCGACCCUGUCACUUCUGGCACUUUGCAAGACUUGGUUCUUAGCGAGGCUGGUACCAAGUCUAAGAAUGCCACCCAAGGGUUACUUUGGUUGUCCCGUGGUUUACAAUUCACCAGUCAAGCCAUGAGAGAAACCGUCAACAACCCAAGCUCCGAAUUGACCAAGACCUUCACUGAUGCAUACUCCAAGACCUUGUCCAAAUACCAUGGUAUGUUAGUUAAGCCAAUUUUCAAGUUGGCCAUGAAGGCUUGUCCUUACAGAAAGGACUUUUUCGAAAAGUUGGGUGCUGAUCAAGACAAGGUUGCUAAGCAAUUGGAAGCCUGGUUGUCUGCCUUAGAAGCCAUUGUCAAGAAUAUUGUUGAAUUCUUUGCUUCCGGGGAUUACGGAAAGGGUUUGUAGAUGAUAAUAUAGAACAUGAACAAAUAUAAAU